CUUGAGGUAUUGUUCCUCAAUCGAUUGGUGAGAAAGAAGUUCGUGGAAUUUCCAGGUACCUGUUUGUUUAAAAAAGCGUCUCCUGUUACGCCGAUAUUGCUUAUAUGUGGGUGUGUUCGUGAUAGGAGUGGUUGAUAUAAUAUAAGAAAUAUCGAAUAUCAAGUAUAGUAUACUAUUUUCGUGUUUGCAACAUGUUUUACGGAGGUACCCUAGGCCUAGGUCCUAAGGCACCAUUGUGUGGAAGAGGAAGGAAAUGGACGCUAGGAUAAUACUCCUCCUUGACUGUGACAUUGUUGAAAUUGGAAACUUGACAUGGAUGACAGUUGCAACAGUAUGGAGCUAGAAUUAAAAAAUCCAAGAAAAUCAGCACCGUACAUCCCAUCAUGGCCUUUAUUACCUCCUGAGGAGCCGUAUGUCCGCUUUUGUUUUCUGGUAUGGAAUAUAAAGGAGCAGACUUCAGUUGAAUGUAUUCAGCAGGAAAAGAAGCGAGUAGUUAAACUAUGGGAUGAGCUGAAGCUUGAAGACAAAGAGGUCUAUUACAAGGAGUAUCAGCAGGAUUUUGAAACAUAUUUAAGGCUUCAGAUGGUAAUAUGUGGAUGCCAAGUUUGCAAGGAAGAGGUUUCUAGGUAUAAAGGUGUGACAGAUGUGACAUACUUCAUCAGUCAACUGAAAAAUAAUCAAGAUAAACGAAAGUCAUUUCUUGAACAGACUAAUUGUGAAGCACAGACUCAAAAGAGCAAUUGUAUGUUGCCAUCUCAGGUCUUGAAGAUACACUCCUCAUGUGAUGUAGAGGACAUAGAUUCAGUCAAGUCAUCUAUAAAGUCAAAUAAAGUGGAUUGUUAUGAGACACCUCAAGAGAGAUACACUCAGGUGAAAGAAUUCUCAGGAGCUCCAUCUCCAAUUAAGAGGAAAUUAGAUAAUGAAUAUUCACAGUUAUUGCAUCCAAAGAAGUUAAAGCAAACCACCAUUAAAGGAAAUUCUGUUAUUGAUGCAACAAAAGAGAUUUGUUAUAAAAAUGUUCUCUCUGGGUAUCCAUUCACUACCUCAAAUUGUAUGGACUUCUCUAGUGAUGAAACUGAUAUGUCAGACUUUGAAACAGAGCUACAUUAUUUCGGUACAUCAACAACUCUGUUGAAUUCAGAAUGUCCAAGUCCUAUUGUAACAUCUCACGAAGGAGAUCCUGAUGUUGGGAGUUUUUAUUCUCCCCCUUCCCCUAGAAGUAAGUCUUUUGCAGAUUCUUUAGUUUAUGUGCCAUCAUUAAUUGAAAGUGACUCUAUGCUGGAACUUUCUCCAGACUCUCCUUUGGCAGUGAUGUCUAUAACUGGUUGUGUAUCAGUUCCAAAUAUUCAGACUUCUCCUGUGAAUUUUGUGCAAUCACCAUCAUUAUCCAAUUCCAUUGCAUGUCUUCCACUGUCUCAAGAUGAUUCUAAGAAGUCGCAACCAACUCAGCCAACUCAAGAGUCUUCAGUUCAUUUGCCAUCUUUAAUUGAAAAUGGUUUUACACCAGAAAUUUCUCCAGACUCAUCCUUAGCAGUGAUGGCUGUAACUGGUUCUACAUCACUCUCAAAUAUAGCAUCUUCUACUGUAAAUGUUGUGCAAUCACCGUCAGUAUUAAAUUCUAUUAAACGUCUUCCACUCAGUCAAGAUGAUUCUGAGAAGUCACAACCAAUUCUGCCAGCUAAAGAAUCUUGUUCACAAACAAGCAAAAUUACCUGCACAUUUUUGGAAAUCAAAAAUAUAUUCAUUGAAAUGAUUUUAGAGAAGUUGAGGUAUUUUAAGUCAUUUGGAGUGGCAAAGAAACCUGACAACCCAACUGAAAGAGAUUUGCAAAUGCCUAAUGUGGAUAUGCCCAAAGAAGAAUUAAAUGAGAAUCUUAAAAAUACAAAACUUGAAAAAUAUCUGCCCGAGUUUGUACCAAUUAAUAAUGGUUUUAGCCGAGGCACCUGGGAGUUGCUGAUUGAAGAUGAAGCUAGGAGGAACUAUAAUAGAAAAGUGACGCUAAAGUUGAAUUGGAAUUCCAAAGGAGGAGAACGUAUUAAAUGUGUAGACAGGAAAGGUAUGACAUUAGAUGUUCGUAGUAUGCAACCUUUUGUUAAAUUAAAGCCAUUGAAGUCUCUGAAAACACCAAUCAUACUGAAGACUUGUGGUGAACAUCUUAAAUCAGGAAUAAAUGUAAGAAAACCAACAUUCAGACCAAAGAGAAAUGUACACAACUCAAGAUUUCGUCAAUUCCGUCCAAGGAUAAAUAUCAGCAGUAAAAUAAAUUCAAGAGAAAAACGACGAGCUGCAGAUGAACCUGUCGUCUGUAAUGUUUGUAAUUUAGGUUUUACUGAGCAGAAAGAUUUAGCAGUGCACGGAUUGUCUUGUAAUGAUAUCGAACUUGUGAAGGACGAGUGUUUGGAGACAUUUUUUGAAGGUUUAAGCUACUGUUUGCUUGAUGACCAGGUUGCAGAAAAAGACAAAGAAGUUAUGCCACACUGCUCUGAGUGCUCUGAAACAUUUACAGAUCAUGUUCUACGUGAGAUUCACAUGUUCAUUACCCACAAGUCAAAGAGUUGGUGUUGCAAUAUUUGUGGUUGUACCUUCCCGUGCAAAGCCACAUAUCUGCAUCACUUGAUGGAGCAUCAAACACUGCAAUGUAUGAUUUGUAAGAAACUGCUCAACACCACUGAAGAACUCAACACACAUUUGAGUCAUCAUCAGUCAUUCAACUUCCAAUGCAAGAAAUGCAGCAAAGAACUCCCAACUAUAUUCUUAUAUCAGCGUCACAUGCUAGGCCACUUAAUCAUUCGACCAUUCUCCUGCUCUAUGUGUACCAAGCGCUUUAAGUACAAGAGCAACUUAGUUGAACACAUGUGGUUACACAAACCUCAUAGGUUUAAGUGUGCAGCCUGCCUACAGUCUUUCACUCGACCACAUAGGCUUAAUGCACACAUUAGGAAAGCCCACACUUACUCAGAAUUGCAUAAUAGCUCAGAGAGGGAAUGAGAACACAACAUUUGUAAGCAAUCUAUUCAUUUUACAGAAUUCAGUGAAACAUUUAGAUAGUUAUUAAGUAGGUUUAAGAUAUAUUAUUAUUAUUAUUAUAAAUUAAGUCCAAUAUCAUCAUUUAAAUCUUAUAAAAGUUGCUUAAUUUUGAAUUUGCCAUGGUAUUAUAACUUAAAUAUAAACAAAGAUCUAAUUAGUAAUAUACUGUAUAUAUUUCUGAGGUGAAAUCGGUUUAUUUCAACAUUUCCACAUAAAGAAAAAUAUAUUUUGAUGUACUAGAUACCGUAAUAUUAAAAUGUGAAUCAUGAAUGAACGAUAUAAAGUAAGCAUAAGAGUUAUUGUAUUGGUCUUGCUUCUCAUUUUGAAGAAACUAUUUUUUCCAUGUAUUUUGUAUUAAGGAUAUACAUUAAAAAUAGAUAAAAUAACCUUAUAAAAAAAGAAUAAAGCUUUGAUUGCUCACUGACAUUUAACAGAAUCACGUUAGUUAUCAACUUUUGAUAAUUCUCAUGUCAAUGAUUUAAAGAUGGUUGAAAACUCCUAAUUACGCUUCCAGAAAUCUUAUGCUUGAUAAGAAUUGUACUGUAUUAUUUAAAUGUUUGUUAAAUUUUUUUCUUUUCUAAUUCCGAAAGCUUAUACGGUAACUAAUUUAAUACAAAGUAGACUGCAAUUCAACAUUUUGUUUUAAAUUCUCAAGACUAUUAGAUUUGCGAGACAAUAUUUUUUAUUAUAAGCAGAUAUCUCAACACAUUUGAAUAUGUUAUUUUAUCUUGUAUGGUGGUAUGUAUAAAUAUGUUUUUAAAUAUACAUUUAUAAUUACCGCCAUAAGGUGAAUUAUUGUCGGUUAUUAUUUAUCUUGUGGUAUACAAUAAUGUUUAAUUCACUGAAUUUGCAAUAGCUUUGUUUCAUAUUAUCCGAUAAAAUUCUUACAUUUUA